AUGGCGGGUACCGGCCGUUCCCCUGUAUCUGAAGCGUCUCGAAAAUCGUCGCGUCAUCUCGAAGUGCCGGUGGCGCUUUCCCUCCUCCUCGUGACCCUAGCGCUCUUCCUGGCGCCAAUUGCGGCCAACAACUGCCCUUCCUUCCGGCCAAUCGGCGUCGAGUGCCCUCCCGCCACGUCAGCAGAAUCCGCGUCCGCAUCCGCCACCGCAAAUCCCGCCUGCAAAUCGCAGGCUUACCUGGGCCGAUUCGCCGUGCAGGGCUCGAAGCGCUUCCGCCUCCCCGCGCUCCCCAAUGGCGUUCCGCUUCCGCCGGGCGCGCUCUCUGCGGACUGCUGCGCGGAGUGCCAGCAGCGCGCCGAUUGCGCCUACUGGAACAUCCUGCUCCGCUCGCGCCGCUGCCUGCUCUUCGCUGCUGACGUGUGCGCCGCGGACGGCCCGGCGGUGUUUCUUCCCGGCGAGGAGAACGCUUUCGUUGGGACUCGAUACUGCAACGCAACCACGUCUAUAACGCGUACAACGGCCAACACUGCCGAGACCACAGAAGACGACAGCACACCCUCCGAGAGCGCGCUUUCUGUUUUCGAGGACGCUACUGACGAGGAUGAGCAGGAGGCGGCAGAGGGGCAGGCGGAGGAGAGAGCGGAAGCGGAGGAGGAGCACGACGCGCAUGUGAUGGGCGUGUUUGAAGGGGACAUGGCGAGAAUGCACGCAGAGGAGGCGGAAGAGUUGAAGAUCGUUGAAGCAGCGUCUCAGGCGCAGCCGCAGGGGCAGGAGCAGCAGCAGCGGCAGGAAGAGGCGGCGUAUCAGAACAACCCUGAGGCGAUGGCUGCUUUGGAGCUGGAGGUAAUGCAAGGCGAUGAGCAGGCGCGGAAAGAGCAGACGGAGCAGACGGAGCAGCCUCAUAGCGUCGAAGUCUUUGAGCUUUUCGAGCUCCAGCAGCAGCAGCACCAGGAGGGGGAGGCGCAAGGAGAGAAGAACCCUGAGCCGUUUCAGGAGAAUUCUCAGGUGAUGCAGCAGAUUGAGGGGGAGGGCGUGGCAGCGCAGCAGGCAGAAGAGCGCUCUACCAUUCAAGGCAUGGAAGCCUUUGAGGAGGACGCGAAUGAAGAGAAGGAAGAGGAGCGAGAGAAGGAAGAGGCAGCUCGGGCUGCGGCGGUGAAAGAGAUAGAGGAGGAGGAGAUCCCCAUCCGUCUCGUGUCCUUCUCCCUUGUCGACCCCAGCUCUCAAGUCACAAGCCAAGCAGCCGCCAUGGAAGCAGAGGAGGCGGAGAGAAAAAGCAACGAGGAGGCGAAGAGAGACACAGACGCCAAACAGGCUGCCUGGAGGGACCUGGAGCAGCAGGAGAUUCCAGUGAAACUGACCUCAUAUGAAAUGGUGGACUCUAAUUCUCUUGCCGUGAGCCAAGCAGCAGCAAUGGAGGAAGAGGUGGAGAGGCAGGCAGACGCCAGUGCAACCGCUCUCAGGGACCUGGAGGAGCAAGAGAUUCCUGUGAAGCUAACCUCAUAUGAGAUGGUGGACGCUGGUUCACUGGCUGACAGGCAAGCAGAGGCGAUGGAGCAAGAAGAGGUGGAGAGGCAGGAGAGUGAGAGAGCAGCAGUGUUGAGGCAGCUGGAGGAGCAAGAGAUUCCAGUGCGGCUAAACCUGAGAGGGCACUCUGCCUUCCACACGGCGUCCUAA